AUGACGGCAGGACCACAACACCGUCAACAGCAGCAACCGAUGACGGCAGGACCACAACACCGUCAACAGCAGCAGCCGAUGACGGCAGGACCACAACACCAGUGCGCGCGUGCCGAUCCGUGGACACCGCCUCCGCGCUGCCCAGUGCCGCCGCUUCAGUGCCGAUCCGUGGACGCCGCCUCCGCGGUGCCCAGUGCCGCCGCCCGAGCUGAGAGCCCAGAGCCGCAGCGUGCCGCCUUAGUACCGCCCGUGCCGCCACUUCAGCGCCGUCCGAGUUGGGAGCCGCAGCGCCGAAGCCCACGCCACCUUAGCACCGCCAGUGCCGCCGCUUCAGUGCCGUUCCGUGGACACCGCCUCCGCGCGGCCCAGUGCCGCCGCUUCAGUGCCGAUCCGUGGACACCGCCUCCGCGCUGCCCAGUGCCGCCGCUUCAGUGCCGAUCCGUGGACACCGCCUCCGCGCUGCCCAGUGCCGCCGCCAGUGCCCCGCCUUAG